CAGGUCACUUUCAACAUGGAGAGUGGAGCAGGAAAGCACUGGACUGAAGAAGAGGUUAAAGCUUUGCUAAGUGUCUGGGCAGAAAAAAAUAUACGAAAACAACUUUAUGGAACCCUGAGAAAUAAAGGAAUAUUUAUUUACAUUGCUAAAAGGCUGCAAGCACUAGGAGUAUACAGAGAUUGGAAACAGUGCCGGGCAAAGUACAAAAAUCUCAAAUAUGAAUACAGAACAGUUAAAUAUGCCCAUAACUCUGGAGACAGCUCUAAAACUAUGAAGUUCUUCCAUGAUCUGGAUGCGAUCCUGCAGUAUGAACCUGCCACACAAUUAAGAGAGGAAGAUGCAAAUGACAGGUGCCUGGCAACGCUGAGCCAAAGUGCAGCUCCAGGGACCACUGAAGGCAACAUGUCAGUUACAUUAGAAGAUAAAGAAGACCUCUCAGGAAAUCCUUUACUUUUGGUUUCUCAUAUCAGACCAAUGGAACUAGGAAACUCUACAUCAUUUAUGGAACCCUGUAUUAAUUCACCUUUUAUUCCAACUAUAGCAAAUGAAGGAGGAAAACACUGGACUGUACCAGAAGUCAGGGCUCUAAUUGGCAUCUGGUCUGAUAUAAGUAUACAACAACAACUAGAAGGAACAGUGAGAAAUAAAAGGAUAUUUGAACAAAUUGCUGCCAAGCUUCAGAAAUUUGGAAUAGAAAGAGACUGGAAACAGUGCAGAACAAAGUAUAAAAACUUAAAACAUGAAUAUAAGAUUGUAAGAAUGGCUCAAGACCAAGGCAUAACUAAGAGUAUGAAAUUUUUUACGGAGUUGGAUGCUAUUUUGGGACACAAUAAAACAGAGAAAUCACAACAACAGGAAUUCCAAGAUGAAAAACAAGCCAACGGAUGUGCCAAUGUAAAAACAGAAGAGAAUCGGACAGUCAUUGCUGGAGAUGCGGCUGAAGAUGACUUUUUUGGUCAUAUGUCAGAAGACCUAAGAGAGGGAGAUGUAAAACAAAGUCCUGCUACAGAGGAAGAUACCAUAAGUACAGUCUCAGAAGACGUGGGCGGCCCCAAAGCACCACAAAGUAUCACUGUGUCAGAAUUAUUUGAAGGUCAUACCAAAAACCCAAGAACUUUGAGCGUCAAAAGAAAAGCACACGAAGAUGGACCAGUGUCUGUAUCUCUUAAGAAAACCGCUCCUGAGAUCACUGCAAAUGGGUUUCCUCAAUGUGUAACAGAACGGAAAGAUUCUACAGAAUGUUUCUACAGACAGGAAACCCCAUACGCGAUCCAAUUUCAUCAGAGUCUUUCCUCUCUUCCCGGCGCGGCCGCUGCCCCCAGCCCACGCAGAAUAAUGGCGACAGCUGAGGUACUGAAUAUUGGUAAGAAACUCUAUGAGGGUAAAACAAAAGAAGUUUAUGAAUUGCCAGAUAGUCCAGGAAAAGUCCUCCUGCAGUCCAAGGACCAGAUAACAGCAGGAAAUGCAGCCAGAAAGAAUCAUCUGGAAGGAAAAGCUGCAAUCUCAAAUAAAACUACCAGUUGUAUUUUUCAGUUGUUAAAGGAAGCAGGUAUCAAAACUGCUUUCACCAGAAAAUGUGGGGAGACAGCUUUCAUUGCACCUAAGUGUGAAAUGAUUCCAAUUGAAUGGGUCUGUAGAAGAAUAGCAACUGGUUCUUUUCUCAAAAGAAAUCCUGGUGUCAAGGAGGGAUAUAAGUUCUACCCACCUAAAGUGGAGCUGUUUUUCAAGGAUGAUGCCAACAAUGAUCCACAGUGGUCUGAGGAACAGCUAAUUGCUGCAAAAUUUUGCUUUGCUGGACUUGUUAUAGGCCAGACUGAAGUGGAUAUCAUGAAUCAUGCUACACAGGCUAUUUUUGAAAUAUUGGAGAAAGCCUGGUUGCCGCAGAACUGUACAUUGGUUGAUAUGAAGAUUGAAUUUGGUGUUGAUAUAACCACCAAAGAGAUUGUUCUUGCUGAUGUUAUUGAUAAUGAUUCCUGGAGACUCUGGCCAUCAGGAGAUCGAAGCCAACAGAAAGAUAAACAGUCAUAUCGUGACCUAAAGGAAGUAACUCCCGAAGGGCUCCAGAUGGUGAAGAAAAACUUUGAGUGGGUUGCAGAAAGAGUGGAGUUGCUUCUGAAAUCAGAAAGCCAGUGCAGAGUUGUAGUAUUGAUGGGCUCAACUUCUGAUCUCAGUCACUGUGAAAAAAUAAAGAAGGCUUGUGGAAAUUUUGGCAUUCCAUGUGAACUUCGGGUAACAUCUGCCCAUAAAGGGCCAGAUGAAACUCUGAGGAUUAAAGCAGAAUAUGAAGGGGAUGGCAUUCCUACUGUAUUUGUGGCAGUGGCAGGCAGAAGCAAUGGUUUAGGACCAGUGAUGUCCGGUAAUACCGCAUACCCAGUUAUCAGCUGCCCUCCACUCACUCCAGACUGGGGAGCUCAGGAUGUGUGGUCUUCUCUUCGACUACCCAGUGGUCUUGGCUGUUCAACCAUACUUUCUCCAGAAGGAUCAGCUCAGUUUGCUGCUCAGAUAUUUGGAUUAAACAACCAUUUGGUAUGGGCUAAGCUGCGAGCAAGUAUAUUGAACACAUGGAUUUCCUUGAAGCAGGCUGACAAGAAAAUCCGAGAGGGCAAUUUGUAAAACAUUGCUUCUUUUUUUAUUUUUUUUUUUUUUUAAGAAAAACUUUACAUUUCUUGUUUAGUUUCAGAAAAAGAUCAAGGUGAAAGUUUUUAAAUCAAAACAAUAAAAUUUACUAGUGAAUAAGUGCUUCUCUAGAUUGAUGGAUCAGUAGACUCUAUGGACAUAUUAAUAUUUCUUUAUAGGAAGUGAAAUUACUAUAAGGACACUUUUAAAAUCUCUUAGCUACUGUAUGGUCACAAGUAGUUAACCAAUACAUUUCUUAAUUGCUAAUAAUGUCCUAUUAUAGAGCUCUAAACUACUAUUUGACCAUCUGUAUCUCAACCCGUAAGUUCUAAAAAGUUAAAAUGUUUGUAUCUUAGAUAAGAGCAAUAUAGUCCUCUUUUACAUUAUGAUCUUUACAAAAUCCUAAGGGUGUGGUGUUUUAUUUGCAGUCAGUAUCUCAAAAUAGAUGUGUAUUUAUCCCCACCUAUAGACCAAGAUGCUGUUUUGUUCUGCAUUUAUUUGUUUGUUUAGAGUUGAUAUGGGUAUUGGGAGUAGGGAAGACACAUGAAAUAAGAUGAAGGGAUACUGUGGAAACCAUAAAUAGGAGCCUUUUCCGAGAGCUGCUCUGAUGGAUGUCAGGGCAAUUUCCCACGGAGAAAAAAAAAAGGUACAGUCAUCUUUGUCAUUCCAGAUGAAAGAAUUGGUAAAUCUUACUUAGCUAUAAUGGGUACCUCUGUGGAUCAUAAAAUUCUUUUAAUUCUGAUAAUACAUGUUUUAGCAAAACUAACAGUCCUCAGCCUACCACAAUUUUCCAAAAUUGGAAUCUCCUAGUUGAUAACCAUACUAGUUUCUUUCUUAUAACAGCGUAAGUGUGGGCAGGGUACCCAGUAAGAUUCACCUCUAAAAGAGCGAUUGUUACCAAGAGGUGUUAAUAGUUCAUCAUCAAUCUAUAAAUCAUGUUUGGAAAUCACUGAGGACUUUUUUUAUAGAUCACUAAACUCUAAUCUGAAUGUCUAUGAACCCCUUAAACUACCAUGUAGAAUUUUAUGUAUGUGUUUGCUUUUGUGGAAAGGGGGCAAUCAUGGUCUUUAUCCAAGGGAUUAAAAAUGUUAAGAAUUUGUGCUGUAGGGAUGCCUGGGUGGUUAAUUUGGUUAAGUGUCUGCCUUCAGCUCAGGCAGUGAUCCCAGCGUCCUGGCAUUGAGUCCUGUAUCAGGCUCCUUGCUCAGCAGGGAAACCGCUUCUCCCUCGGCCUGCUGCUCCCCCUGCUUGUGCUCACUCUGCCUCUUUUUCUCUGACAAAUAAAUAAAAUCUUUAAAAAAAAAAAAAAAAAAAAAA